CCGCCGGGUCUCCGGCCUCGAGGGCUCGGGCUCGCUGCGGCGGCGGUGGCCGCGAGGAGAGGCGGCGGGGGCGGGGGGAGAGGAGGGCCCGGGCCCGCGCUCCCCCAGCCCCGCAGAAGCAGGCGGCGGCGGCUGCGGACCCGGAGGCUCGCCUGGCCGGCUAGACACCGCUGCCUUCCGCUCCUGGGAUCAUGACCCAGGCGGGGGUCGCCGCCACUGCGGCCGGGAGCGCGUCGCCGGCGGUAAGAAGAAAACAUAACCUAUAGAGACCAUCUUCUGGCAGAAGAUGAUAGAUUUGAACCAGAAAGAGGAGGAGCUGGAAGCCAGGAAUCCAAAGUGAAGAAACUCUACGAGCCCUUGGGUUCCUAUCACUGUCACCAUGCCAGAAAUGACAGAGCAUGAGACGCCUGUGAAAAAGCAGCACAGAAAGAAGAACCGGGAGACACACAAUGCAGUGGAGAGGCACAGAAAGAAGAAAAUCAAUGCUGGGAUAAACAGAAUAGGAGAACUGAUCCCAUGUUCCCCUGCUCUGAAACAGAGCAAGAACAUGAUCCUGGACCAAGCCUUUAAGUACAUAACAGAACUGAAGCGGCAGAACGAUGAGCUUCUGCUCAACGGAGGGAACAGUGAACAAGCUGAAGAAAUUAAAAAGCUACGGAAACAACUGGAAGAGAUCCAAAAGGAGAAUGGCCGGUAUAUCGAAUUGCUGAAAGCAAAUGACAUAUGCUUAUACGAUGACCCCACAAUCCACUGGAGAGGAAAUCUGAAGAGCUCAAAGGUGUCGGUUGUUAUUCCAAGUGACCAGGUCCAAAAAAACAUCAUUGUUUAUUCCAACGGGAGUCAGCCCGGGGGAAACAGCCAGGGGACAGCCGUUCAGGGGAUAACCUUUAAUGUCGGUCACAGCUUGCAGAAGCAAACCGCCAAUGUGGUGCCAGUGCAGAGGGCCUGCAAGCUUGUGACUCCUGUGUCUAUUUCUGGAGUUUACCCUCCUGAAAACAAGCCGUGGCAUCAGACUACAGUGUCUGCACUGGCUGCCAACCAGCCUGUCCCCCUUUGUCUUCCCGCUGCCAUUUCUGCUCAAAAUAUUCUCGAACUUUCUACUUCCGAAAGCCAAUCAAGUGUGCUUGGUGCCACCGGCAGCUCACUGAUCACCGUUGCAGUUGGCCCUGACCCUCACCAACAUUGUUCCUCGCACACAUGCCUAAAAGAUCAAAAUGCUUCAGAAAAUAACAACGGGCAAGAGAGCCCCAAAUCAUCAAAGAAAACAGUUCCGUGUGUCACAAGCAUCUCCUCCGGCAACUCAGCAGCUGCCUCUAACGUCCAUCAUGAAACCAAAUCUGGCCCGAGUGUGCAGGACUUCAGUGAAGACUUGCAAAACACCCCUGCUGUGUCAGUUACCUCCUCAGCAUGCUCCGAGCCUCCCAGGUGUAUGGGUGACUCUUCCCCAGGGAGCAUUAGCAAGACAGCCGGCUCAACAAAUACCACCACAGUGGUGGCCCCAGCUCAUGCCGGAGGAGUGAUGACCACCCUCCCGGUGAGCAGUCUUUCUGCAAAGCCUUUGGACAGUGGUUGGACUCUUUCUUGUUCUUUGCCUUCUUCAAGUGUCAGUGCUUCAGAUUUGAAAAACAUCACUAGCCUCACCCGAAUCUCUUCAGCUGGAAACACACAGACAACAUGGACUACUUUGCAUCUGGCCGGAAACACUAUUCAGCCUUUGAGCCAGACACCGUCUUCUGCUGUGACUCCGGUAUUGAGCGAGUCGGGUACCAGCCCUACCCCGAGCCACCACAAGCAUGUGGCUACUGGCAUCACCUUAAAUAACCCCCUCCCAGCGGAUGGGCCCCCAGUUGAGCAAGCAGUGGUGACAUUGCCUUCAUGUCCACCCUUACCUAUGCAGCCACCAACUGCCCAGCCACAAGUUAAAUCUCAGCCUCCAAAACAUAUCCUUCCCUUGAACUCAGCCAUGCAAGUGAUUCAGAUGGCUCCCUCAGCUGGGUCAGCGGUCACUGCGGCUCCGGGUAACCAAAACGUUAUCAUUCUUCAGCCACCCAGCACGACCCCAUGCCCGGCAAUGGUGCGGGCCGAGGUUCCCAGCCAAGCAGUAGGUCAGCAGAUUGUCAUCAUACAGGCAGCCAAUCAGAAGCCAUUGCCACUGCUCUCCGCCCCCCAUCCUGGUUCUGUUCGACUCCCUGUCAAUGGGGCCAGUGCUAUAAUAGGGUCUCAUAAUUCAGUGCAGAGUGUGCCAGCCCCACAGACUUUUGGGGGGAAGCAUCUUGUCCACAUACUACCACGACCUUCGUCUUUAUCCAUGUCUAAUUCAACCCAAACCUUUUCUGUUACCAUGUCAAACCAACAGCAGCCUCAAACCAUUUCUUUAAAUGGACAGCUCUUUGCUUUGCAGCCUGUCAUGUCUUCAUCAGGAACUACAAAUCAAACCCCUAUGCAAAUUAUUCAACCCACCACCAGCGAAGAUCCAAAUACCAAUGUUGCCCUGAACACAUUUGGGGCUCUGGCCAGCCUCAAUCAGAGCAUAUCCCAGAUGGCAGGCCAGAGCUGUGUGCAGUUGUCUAUCAGUCAGUCUGCUAGUCCUCAGACUCCCACAAACACUCAAACCAGCCCUGCUAACUGUGUUCCCCUAGCAACAACUAUAGCACCUACCAUGACAACAGAUAAUUCAGCCACACUAUCCAGUACUUACAGUCUGGCAACAGCCUCCUCAACAAACCCCGUCACUUGUUUGCCCCCUACCAUGAAAUCCAAAAGACUGAACAAGAAGCCAGGUGCCAAGAAACAUGCAGCCAACAAGCCAGCAUGUCCCCUGAAUUCAGUCAGAGAUGUGGGCAAGCUAGAUGGCCCCAGAACAGACAGCUCAGCAGAACUGUCGUGUAGUGAUGGACUGCUGGACAGCCUCCCUGUCAGCCUAGUGUCUGUUGCCGUGCCCCAGGCCAAGAGUGGUAACAGUCCUGCUCCACUGGCCAUUCUGAACUCUGAGUCAGUAGUCCCUGAGUCUGGGUCCGGAUCUAAGUCAGCGGAAGACUGGAACUCAUCCCCCCAAGAAUCUGAGACAAACGAACAGUUUGCAGUGGCCCCAGCAAAAUCCAAAGACUCCACUCCCACCUUGCAAGAGACAUCUCAGGGCACACCACCAACUGCAGUAGCAUUGUCCAGUGCUACAAAAUCCUGUACUGCAACCAAUGUGUUGAUCCCAUCUCCUCUUGAACCUCAGACUGCAGUUUCUCAGGCUUCUGGCGUGUCGUCUACUACAAGCACUUCGAUCACUGACUGUAUUUCUGAGGUAGAAAUUGUGGCAGAACCUUGCCCAGCUCAGCAGGAUUCCCUGGACACCGCACAAACCCCAGGGCCUUUAAAGGGGCAGGGUCUGACUACAUUGCUGUCUGACCUUACUAAAGAAAAAGACCUUCAGACCUCAUCUCUUUCUGUCCGGAUGGGUCACCCUGAUUUUUCUCCAGGAGAGUCUAAGCUGGGUGAUUCUAAUGUCGAUUUGCAUCCCAAGCAGGAACUAUUGCUGAUGAACGAUGACAGAGGCCCAGCACAGCACCACUCGUGUCUCCCUGAUCAAGAGGUUAUGAAUGGCUCUCUGCUCACCAGUAGGCAGGCUGACUCUCCCAUGUCAACCAGCUCUGGCAGUAGUCACAGUUUCUCAGUUGCAUCCAUGCUUCCUGAAACAGCUCGAGAAGAUGUGACCAGCAGUACAACCACUAACACAUGUGACAGUUGUACCUUUGCAGAGCAAACUGACAUCGUAGCCCUUGCAGCGAGAGCUAUUUUGGACCAGGAGAACAUUGAGAAGGGAAGGGUUGGCACACAGGCUGAGAUGAGGGAGGUUACUUCCAAGCCUUCUGAAACCUCUCUAGAGGGAGAGCAGCCUUUUAAACCACAGAUCCAUAAGGAGCCUUGCACAGGACAGGCAGAUGCAACACCAACUGAAUUUAACUCUCAGGAUUCAGUGGAAGUCACAGUUGAUAGGCCUCUUGAAAAGCCUAGCUGUUCUCUGGGAAUUAAAACAUCAAAUGCCUCCUUACAGGUGUCGGCCUCUCAGCCACCAAGUCUUACCAGUUUAAGUGUGAAUAAUCUUAUCCAUCAGAACAGCAUCAACCAUCCUCUGGUCAGCUGCACGGGGUUAUCCCAGCCUUCUGAGCAAACGUCUAUUCCUGUGACUGUCAAUAUGACUGUUGCAUCCAGUUCUUAUGGCAGCCAGCCUCCUGUGCCACCUCUGAUGACAGAGUAUUCCCAGGAACAGCUGAAUGGCAUGACUAGCGCCAUACCAAAUCCACAGAUUCAAGAACCCCUUCCAAAGCCUAGUCACGAGAGCCGCAAGGAUUCUGCAAAGCGCACUGUACAAGAUGAUCUUUUACUGUCUUCAGCCAAACGCCAAAAGCAUUGUCAGCCAGCCCCUCUCAGGCUUGAAAGUAUGCCCCUGAUGAGCCGGACUCCAGACAGCAUUCCUGAUCAAACUCAAAUGAUGGUGAGUCAGAUCCCCACCAACUCUUCAAACUCAGUUGUACCUGCUAGCAACCCAGCGCAUGGUGACGGCCUUACACGGCUAUUCCCUCCUGGAAACAACUUUGUGGCACCAGCAUUGAGGCAGACAGAAGUUCCAUGUAGUUCUCAGCCUCCUGUUGCUGAGCAACAGCAGCAAACUCAGGCAAGUCAACAUCUGCAGGCCCUGCAGCAGCAUGUACCAGCUCAAGGGGUGUCUCACCUUCAUACUAACCAUCUCUACAUCAAGCAGCAGCAACAGCAGCAGCAGCAGCAGCAGCAGCAAGCAGGACAGUUAAGAGAGAGGCAUCACUUGUAUCAGCUACAGCAUCAUGUGCCUCAUGCAGACAGUACUGUCCACUCCCAGCCCCAUAUUGUGCACCAACAGAGAACUCUACAACAGGAAGUUCAGAUGCAGAAGAAGAGAAAUCUCGUUCAGGGCACUCCUGCCUCUCAGCUGUCCUUACAACCAAAACACCAUGGGACUGAUCAGUCAAGACCCAAGAGUAGUCAGCCACAUCCUCACCAUCAACAGAUGCAGCAACAGAUGCAGCAACAUUUUGCAAGUUCCCAGACAGAGAAGAGCUGUGAAAACUCUUCAACUAACCGGGGUCAUCAUAGCCAUGCCCAGAACCAUCUCAAUCAAGAUAUUCUGCACCAGCAACAGGAUGUUGGAAGCAGACAGCAAGGUUCAGCAGUUUCUUCUGACCAUGUAUCCGGACAUAAUCCAAUGCAGAGGCUUUUGCCAUCAAGAGGCUUAGAGCAGCAAAUGGUGUCCCAACCCAGUAUUGUGACUAGGUCUUCAGACAUGACCUGUGCUCCACACAGGCCAGAGAGAAACCGAGUGUCAAGUUACUCUGCUGAGGCACUCAUUGGAAAGUCAUCUUCUUCUUCAGAGCAGAGAAUGGGCAUGUCAAUUCAGGGCUCCAGAGUUUCAGAGCAGCUGGAAAUGAGAAGCUAUCUUGAUGUUCCCAGGAAUAAAAGCUUGGCGAUUCAUAAUAUGCAGGGUCGCAUGGACCAUCCCGUCCCUCUUCCUGACUGUCAGACCUUCAAACCAGCUGGAGCCAGCCAACAGCCCCAGAGUAAUUUUGAAGUACAAUCUUCAAGAAAUAAUGAAAUCGGUAAUCCUGUGCCAUCACUGAGAAGCAUGCAGUCCCAGGCUUUUCGAAUUAGUCAAAACACUGGCCCACCACCAAUCGACCGACAAAAGAGAUUAUCUUAUCCACCAGUUCAGAGCAUCCCAACAGGAAAUGCUGUCCCACCAAGGGACAGUGAGAAUACUUGUCACCAGAGUUUCAUGCAGAGUUUACUUGCUCCUCACCUUGGUGACCAGGUCCUUGGGAGCCAAAGGUCACUCUCAGAACACUCAAGGAAUACACAAUGUGGUCCAUCUUCAACAAUUGAAUAUAAUUGUCCCCCAGCUCGUGAAAGUGUUCAUAUUAGAAGAGAGAGUGAAAGUCAGACUAGGGACAGUUGUGACAUGUCUUUAGGUACAAUUAACACCAGGAACAGCACUUUGAAUAUUCCUUUUUCAAGUUCCUCUUCCUCAGGAGAUAUUCAAGGUCGAAACACAAGUCCUAAUAUUUCUGUACAGAAGUCUAAUCCCAUGAGGAUUACUGACAGUCAUGGGACCAAGGGCCACAUGAACCCUCCUGUCACAUCCAACAUGCAUGGGGUUGCAAGGCCAACUUUGCCACACCCAUCUGUGUCUCAUGGGAAUGCUGACCAAGGGCCCCCUGUACGUCAGGCUAACUCUUCAGUUGUCCAUAGGUCAAGACAUCCCCUGCAAGACAGCGGUGGUUCCAAAAUCCGCCAACCUGAAAGGAAUCGUUCUGGAAAUCAAAGGCACAGCAAUGUCUUUGAUCCAAGUCUUCCUCAUCUUCCUCUCUCUGCUAGCGGCAGCAUGAUUCUUGGACGUCAGCAACCUGCUGCAGAGAAGAGAGGGAGUAUUGUCCGUUUCAUGCCUGAUAGUCCACAAGUACCUAAUGAUAAUUCAGGUCCUGACCAGCAUGCGCUCUCACAAAAUUUUGGUUUCCCUUUUAUUCCGGAGGGUGGCAUGAAUCCACCAAUAAAUACAAAUACUUCCUUCAUUCCACAGGUUACCCAGCCCAGUGCUACACGAACUCCAGCCCUCAUCCCAGUAGAUCCCCAAAACUCUCUCCCCUCCUUCUACCCUCCCUAUUCCCCUGCUCACCCUACUCUGUCCAAUGACAUUUCAAUCCCUUAUUUUUCUAAUCAAAUGUUCUCCAAUCCUAGCACAGAGAAAGUAAACAGUGGAAGUUUAAACAACCGAUUUGGAUCCAUUUUAUCUCCUCCCAGACCCGUUGGCUUUGCGCAGCCAAGCUUUCCUCUUCUCCCUGAGAUGCCGCCAAUGCACAUGGCCAACUCUCACCUAUCCAAUUUUAACAUGACAUCAUUGUUUCCGGAAAUAGCGACGGCUCUUCCUGAUGGCUCGGCGAUGUCACCUUUGCUCGCCAUAGCCAACUCCUCUGCUUCUGACUCCUCCAAGCAGUCCUCAAACAGACCUGCUCACAACAUAAGCCAUAUCUUAGGGCAUGAUUGCAGCUCAGCUGUUUAAAUCCAGAGAGGCUGAAUGUGGUGGUUCGAGUUGAUGCAACAGCUGUUCUUGUGUGUAUACAUGUGCAUUGAGAGAACUUGUGUGGGUGUGUGUCUUUGUUUUGAAUAACCAUUUUUCACUUAGCUUCUGAUUACAAGGAAGUCAUGUCAAAGAGGAUGCAUACGCUGGGAUUGUCAAAACAAUCACCUUUCAUUUCUGAGUGAUGUGCUUUCUUUAAUCAUUUAAAUGAUUUACCUUUCCAAGUUUGAUUUGUAAUCUUUUAUUCCCUAAGUACUAAUCAACCAGAAGUUGAAGAGAUCUUGGCACAUGCUGGAUGGUAGGAAGGAGCUGAGAUUUCAAACUCAGUUGUUGCUAAGUUGUAAAAUAGAUAGUUGAGAUGGCUGAGUUGCAAAUCCAAAAGUAAAAGCAACUUGAAAAAACAUGAUUCAUCACUUGGUUGAUGUCAAUAGCUAACAGUUCUGCACCAUGGCAAGUGAUAAAUUGGUAAUGAGUUAAAUUCCCAUAAGUAAAGUCAAGCAGAUAGAAAAUAUAUGAAGUGUUUGAUUCCUGAGCUCUGUUACAGGCACUUGUUUCUUAAUUAUAAUUUUUAAUAAACUACCUAAAUUUCAUGUCUUGUUCUUCAGAGAGCCACAUUAUCCGUUAAUGUGCCAAGAUCAUGUAAAGCUAAAGUCUUCCUUAGACAAUGAGCCUUAAGAAUACAAAGCUAAGACAAAAUACAGAAAUGCUUUCCACUUAGUACUUGGGUUUUGCGUUAGCCCAAAGAACAGCAGUUGUAUUGUGGCUUUUCCUAGGGUCAGUUAGUGACUAGCACUUCACCAGUUGAGUUGAUCAAGUAUUCGCUCUUCAUUCUAUUUAUUUGGUCUUGAAACAGAUUAGUUUACAAUCACUUACAUAUUAGAACUGCUCAUAUUAUGUUUAGAAUAUUGUGUUUAGAAGACACAUUUGAGUCUUUUCAGAUAUUUCUAGAGUUUUAAGCUGUCUUGGUAUUUUCAUUUACUGAUUAUUUUAAAUGUUGCAUUGUAAAUUGCAUUAUUAUCCUUCAUAAUUUUCAGGAAAUGAAUUCAUUAUUUUUCUUGUAGGUAUGAAAUGGUGCUUCACAAAAUACAUCCUCUAUGUACAUCAGUGAGUUUAUGAGUGAGAGUGCAUGUGAGAACGGGUUUUAAAGAGUAGACUGGUCCUUGCUGUUGGAGAUGUCUAUCAUAUAUAUAAAUACAUAUGUCAUGUUGCACAUGAUAUAUAGAUAUAGCCUUGUCUCAAUUAAAAGUGAACAGUAGGACUGCCAUCUGCAGAUGGAAAUUGAGACUUUCUCUAGAGCAGUGGCUCUCAGCCUUCCUAAUGCGACCCUAAAACAGCUCCUCAUGUCGUGGCGACCCCAACCAUAAAAUUAUUUUCAUUGCUGCUUCAUAACUGUAAUUUUGC